AUGCAGGCCCCAGGGUAUCGUCGGUUCUGGAUCCACUGGGGGCUGCUGUUACUGCUACUCCUCGGGGAUCCCCUUCGAGGCCUAGCGCUGCCGCCUAUCCGAUACUCCCAUGCGGGCAUCUGCCCCAACGACAUGAACCCCAACCUCUGGGUGGAUGCCCAGAGCACCUGCAAGCAAGAAUGUGAAACAGACCAGGAAUGUGAGACGUAUGAGAAAUGCUGCCCCAAUGUGUGUGGAACCAAGAGCUGUGUGGCAGCCCGCUACAUGGAUGUGAAGGGGAAGAAGGGCCCAGUGGGCAUGCCCAAAGAGGCCACAUGUGACCACUUCAUGUGUCUGCAGCAAGGCUCUGAGUGUGACAUCUGGGACGGCCAACCCGUGUGUAAGUGUAAAGAUCGCUGUGAGAAGGAGCCCAGCUUCACUUGUGCCUCUGACGGCCUCACCUACUACAACCGCUGCUACAUGGACGCCGAGGCCUGUUCCAAGGGCAUCACACUGUCUGUGGUCACCUGCCGUUAUCACUUCACCUGGCCCAAUACCAGCCCUCCGCCGCCCGAGACCACAGUACAUCCCACCACAGCCUCUCCAGAGACCCUCGGGCUGGACCUGGCAGCCCCGGCCCUGCUCAACCACCCUGUCCAUCAGUCAGUCACUGUGGGUGAGACUGUGAGUUUCCUCUGUGACGUGGUAGGCCGGCCUCGGCCAGAGCUCACUUGGGAGAAACAGCUGGAGGAUCGAGAGAAUGUGGUCAUGAGGCCCAACCACGUGCGUGGUAAUGUGGUGGUCACCAACAUUGCCCAGCUGGUCAUCUACAACGCCCAGCCCCAGGAUGCUGGCAUAUACACCUGUACAGCCCGGAAUGUUGCUGGGGUCCUGAGGGCUGACUUCCCGUUGUCAGUGGUCAGGGGCGGUCAGGCCAGGGCCACCUCAGAGAGCAGUCUCAACGGCACGGCCUUCCCAGCAGCGGAGUGCCUGAAGCCCCCAGACAGUGAGGACUGUGGAGAGGAGCAGACACGCUGGCAUUUCGAUGCCCAGGCUAACAAUUGCCUCACUUUCACCUUUGGCCACUGCCACCGCAAUCUCAACCACUUCGAGACCUACGAGGCCUGCAUGCUGGCGUGUAUGAGCGGGCCGUUGGCCGCGUGCAGCCUGCCCGCCCUGCAGGGGCCCUGCAAAGCCUAUGUACCACGCUGGGCCUACAACAGCCAGACAGGCCUAUGCCAGUCCUUCGUCUAUGGCGGCUGUGAGGGCAAUGGGAACAACUUCGAAAGCCGUGAGGCCUGUGAGGAGUCGUGUCCUUUCCCAAGGGGCAACCAGCAUUGCCGGGCCUGCAAGCCCCGGCAGAAACUUGUCACCAGCUUCUGUCGGAGUGACUUUGUCAUCCUGGGCAGGGUCUCUGAGCUCACAGAGGAGCACGACUCGGGCCGCGCCCUGGUGACCGUGGACGAGGUUCUAAAAGACGAGAAGAUGGGCCUUAAGUUUCUGGGCCGGGAGCCGCUGGAAGUCACUCUGCUUCAUGUAGACUGGGCCUGUCCUUGCCCCAAUGUGACAGUGGGAGAGACACCGCUCAUUAUCAUGGGGGAGGUGGAGGGCGGUAUGGCCAUGCUGAGACCCGACAGCUUCGUGGGUGCGUCGAGCACACGGCGCGUCAGGAAACUCCGUGAGGUCAUGCACAAGAAAACCUGUGACGUCCUCAAGGACUUCCUGGGCUUGCAAUGA